AUGGAGACAGAGAACAGCACAGUGGUGACAGAAUUUGUCCUCCUUGGUCUAACCCAGUCUCAAGAUGCUCAACUCCUGGUCUUUGUGUUAGUCUUAAUUUUCUACCUCAUAAUCCUCCCUGGAAAUUUUCUCAUCAUUUUCACCAUAAGAUCAGAUCCUGGACUCAAUGCUCCACUAUAUUUCUUCCUGGGCAACUUGGCCUUCCUAGACGCAUCCUACUCCUUUAUUGUGGCUCCCAGGAUGCUAGUGGACUUCUUCUCAGAGAAGAAGAUCAUUUCCUACAGAUGCUGCAUCACUCAGCUCUUUUUCUUGCACUUCCUUGGAGUAGGAGAGAUGUUCCUUCUUGUUGUGAUGGCCUUUGACCGCUACACUGCCAUCUGCCGUCCUUUACACUAUUCCACCAUCAUGAACUCUAGAGUCUGCUAUGCAUUCCUGUUGGCUCUAUGGGUUGGGGGCUUUGCCCAUUCCAUCGUACAAGUGGCGCUUAUCCUGCACUUGCCUUUCUGUGGCCCAAACCAGCUGGACAACUUCUUCUGUGAUGUGCCUCAGGUCAUCAAGCUGGCCUGCACGGACACCUUUGUAGUGGAGCUCCUGAUGGUCUCCAACAGUGGCCUGCUGACGGUUCUGUGCUUCCUGGGUCUUCUGUCCUCCUACGCCAUCAUCCUGUGCCGUGUGCAGGGGCAGUCCUCUGAAGGGAAGAAGAAGGCUGUGUCCACGUGCACCACCCACAUCAUCAUCGUGUUUCUCAUGUUUGGGCCUGCCAUUUUUAUCUACACUCGCCCCUUCCGGGCUUUCCCAGCUGACAAAGUGGUUGCCCUCUUCCACACAGUCAUCUUUCCCUUGAUGAACCCUGUGAUUUAUACACUUCGUAAUCGGGAAGUGAAAGCUUCCAUGAGAAAGUUGUUAAGUCAGUGCAGCAUUUGUUAA